AUGCGGGUUUCCGAAAUCAUCUUCCUGUCGCUCGCCAUUCUGGGCAGAGUUGAGGCAACCCCCUUGCAGGGUAAGCUUCAUUGCAAAUGUACCGUGAAAGACACCUGUUGGCCAGCACUUGCCGACUGGAACUCCUUCAACAAAACAAUUGAUGGGAACCUGAUCACGACAGUGCCCCUUGGGAGCCCGUGUCAUGACCCCAGCUACAAUGGCGAGCAAUGCUCGACUUUGACAAGCGAAUGGGACUACGCCCCCAUUCAUGCAAGCAAUCCUUCUUCAAUUAUGAUGCCUGUAUUCCAAAAUGGUACAUGCGACCCUUUUCAUCCCCGGUCCGACCCCUGUGAUCUUGGGAACCUGGUUCAGUUCAGCGUCAAUGCAACGACAACGGCUCACGUGCAGGAGGCAGUACGCUUCGCUGCACGCAACAAUUUGCGAUUGGUCAUCAAGAACACUGGCCAUGACUUCCUUGGUCGCAGCACGUCUGCUGGCGCCUUAGGUCUUUGGACACACAAUCUCGACAAGAUCACCGUCAUCAAGAACUUCCGUAGCAAGGAGUACCAUGGACCAGCUAUGCGAAUUGGGGCAGGAGUUCAGGCGGCCGCAGCAUACAUGGCAGCUCAUGAAAAUGGCUACCGAGCGAUGGGUGGCAGCUGUCCAACCGUUGGUUUGGCCGGUGGCUUUACCCAAGGAGGCGGGCUUGGUGCUCUCAGCUCAAUCAACGGCUUAGGAGCCGACAAUGUUCUGGAGUGGGAGGUAGUGACCGCCAGCGGCAACGUCGUGCAUGCGUCGCCGAGCAAUAACAGUGAUCUCUUCUGGGCACUGGCUGGUGGCGCUGGAGGUACAUUCGGUGUGGUGGUUUCCAUGACCUCCCGAGUUUUUGUUGAUGCCCCGACGACGGGAGCUUCGUUGGCGUUCGAGCUCGAUGCUGCACCCUCUGCCAACGCCUUCUGGGACUCUAUUUCGGUCUUCUUCACUGGUGCUACACCGCUGGUAGAUACGGGCUCAUUUUUGCUUUCACAAAUUACCAACACGACCUUCCAGGUCACCAUUGCAGCCCCGAGUGUAACCGUACCUACGUUGAAUACACAGCUGUCCUAUAUAACCGACCAUCUGAACCAAACGGGGAUCGCUUACUCCCUCACAGCACAAACUGAUCCCUCAUACUUUGACUUCUUCUCGCGCUAUUUUGGACCACUGCCAAAUGGUAUCUACCCAGUCACCCAUUUGGUUGGAAGCCGUCUGCUUCCAAGAAACUUUUUCCAAUCGGUCGAAAGCACACAGGGAUUACAGAAUUUGCUUCAAUCCAUCACUCCAAACCAAACAUACACAGUUGCUGUCGAGCUUUUCAAUGUCAAUCAGACCAGUGUUGCUGAUAGAUCGGUUCACCCGGCCUGGCGUGAAUCCAUUGCGCACUUCCUCGUCUAUUCGGCAUGGGACUGGAGCUCCCAGACGGAGAUGGAUGCCCGGUCCGACCGCCUCACAAACGAAAUCGUCCCUACACUUGAGAAGUUGACUCCUGGUAGUGGCACAUACCGUAAUGAGGCUAAUUACCGUCAGAAAAACUGGCAAGAAGCAUUCUUUGGGAGCAAUUGGGAUCGACUCAACAGUAUUCAGCGAACUUGGGACCCCAAGGGCGUCUUCUAUGCUCCACUGAGCGUUGGAGCUGACCAGUGGGCGGAGAAAAACGGAGCAUUAUGUCGGGUGUCCUAA